AUGCAAUUAGACUACGCCUCAGACGAAGAAACGUUGGUUACAGUCUGUCACAAACUAGCACCUGUGACUACACUGAACCAGGUGUUCCUGUUCAUGACCGGGCCACAUGUCGGCACAUACGCGCUUCUAUCUCUGUGGAUCGGUCUCGACAACCACAACAUUGGAAUGUUUCUGGGGCUCUAUGUCAUGGGGCAGAUCAUCAUCAGACUGCCAUACAUGAUCCCUCCCAAACCUCUCCAGACGCCCCGACACUUGAACGCCCUGCUGGUUCGGUACCUCCUAAGUAUCAUUUCGGUUAUUCUCACCACUUCUGCGAUUGUGCGUAUGGACUACAUCGACCCAUACAUGCGAUUCGGGGUGCUUACUCUGACGAGAUUGUACAUUGGAUACGUAGGAAGCAGAUUACAACUACUGCCAGCAUUCGCACUCUGCACAUGGAUGACGCCCGAGAUGAUCCAGCAUCGACAGGUGUGGAAGAAGAUUGUUCCCGCAAACACAUACGAAAACCACCUCGCAGGGGCGGCUAUCCUCACGCUGAUCUGGUUCAAGGGCAAGCACCUGUGGCCCCUCGCUCUCGCAUCCGAGAUAAUCGAGGUAUGUACACUCGGAUGGCGCUGUUUCAACAUUUCGGUUGACCAGCCCAUUCAGACCUCAGACCUCACAUUCAACGACCUUGAUCUGAACGUGGUCGCCAAGAUUGGGUGCGACAACUCAAAGAAGGGACAAGCGGAAUACAAGCGAAGAAUGGGGUUCGUGACCCUUUUCGAGGAGUGA